ACGCAUCAACAUGAGAGCACUGCUGUUGCUAUUCAGUAUUAUUGUAGCUUCCCAAGCAAAAGAGACAUAUAAAAAUUUAUACGGACGACGAGGAUUCAGCAAUGGCCUCGUUAAUAUGUUCGGCGCAACAGCGGGGGCAGCUCAAUUUGCCCAGGAAGGUGAGAAAUUCAUGUUUUCGGAGCCGCCAGACAGAACCCCAACCAACAAUGAAGAAUUUGACUUCAUCGUUGUCGGUGCUGGCACAGCUGGUGCAACGAUAGCAUCAAGACUCACCGAAAUACCUGAUGUUCGAGUGCUUCUCAUUGAAGCAGGACGAAGUGAGAAUCUUCUCAUGGAUAUACCGAUACUUGCUCAUUAUCUUCAAUUCAGUGAUGAGAUUAACUGGAAAUACAAGACAGAGCCGUCCAACAGUUAUUGCAAAGCAAUGGUGGACACGCAAUGCAAUUGGCCAAGGGGCAAAGUGAUGGGUGGCAGUAGUGUCUUGAACUACAUGAUCGCAACAAGGGGAUUCCCAAAGGAUUACGAUCGUUGGGAAGCCCUGGGAAACAAAGGCUGGUCGUGGAGAGAUGUCCUACCCUACUUCAAGAAACUCGAGACCAUCAAUAUACCCGAAUAUAAAUCCAAUACAAGACUACACAAUAAUGAUGGACCAGUUUCCAUCGAGCAUCCAGCAUUCCACACGCCACUGGCUUCGGCUUUUUUGAGAGCCGGAGUGGAGCUCGGCUACAAAAUUAUCGAUUACAAUAGUGGUGAGGAGCCUGUUGGCUUUUCUUACCUCCAAACGACAACGAAAAACGGCACGAGAAUGAGCAGCAAUGUUGCUUAUCUCCAUCCAGCGAGUUCAAGGAGGAACUUGAUUGUCACGAAAAAUACUAUGGUUAGAAAAGUGCUGUUUGCCGAUAGUGGAAAACGCGCGAUUGGGGUGGAAUAUGUCAAAGGAAACCGAAGGUAUCGUGUUACUGCCACGAAAGAAGUGAUUCUGAGUGCAGGUGCCAUUGGAAGCCCCCAAAUACUGAUGCUAUCGGGAGUAGGUCCUGCUGAGCAUCUUCGUGAGAUGAGAAUAAAGCCAAUAGUUGAUCUUCCAGUGGGCGAAAAUUUAAUGGACCAUAUUGCAUAUGGGGGACUUAUUUUUGAAAUUGAUCAACCAGUGGCGUAUCGGCUUAAUGAUCUUGUCAAUCCAGCUAAUCCUUACAUGAAGGACUUCUUCUUGGAAAGAAAGGGACCACUAACGGCACCAGGUGCUUGCGAAGCUAUCGCCUUCAUCGAUGUAGACAGACCGAACAAUCAUACUGCUUAUCCGAAUAUCGAACUACUUUUUGUGGGAUCUUCCUUUGUUACUGUCAGUGCUGUGCGAUACGAUUUUGGAAUCGACGAGAGAAUUUGGAAUGAGACAUAUGCGUCGCUAGAGAACAGUUAUUCCUGGACGGUAUUCCCGCUGUUGCUGAGACCCAAGAGUCGAGGAAGAGUUCUCCUGCGAAGUGCUGAUAUCAAUAGUAAACCGAGAAUUAUAGCGAAUUAUAUGAGUGAUAAAGAAGACGUCAGAAUUCUGAUUAAAGGAAUCAGGGAGACAGUGAAGAUCAGUCGGACAAAGGCUAUGCAGAGAUUCGGAACGAGAUUGUCUACUGUAAAAUUGAAAGCGUGUGAAGGAUUUGAGGAGAAUAGCGACGAUUAUUGGGAAUGUGCGACCAGAAGUAUGACAAUUAAUAUUUAUCAUUAUUCAGGAACGUGUAAAAUGGGCCCACGAGGUGAUCCAACUGCAGUAGUUGACGAGAGGCUCAGGGUACACGGUAUUAAAGCUCUGAGGGUUGCAGACGCGUCAAUAAUGCCUGAAAUUAUGUCGGGCCAUACCAAUAUCCCCUCAUUUAUGAUCGGUGAGAAAUUGUCGGACAUGGUAAAAGAGGACUGGGGAUAUCCAAUUCAUAAGGAUCCCUGAAUGUCCCUGACGCAUAGUUUCCUUAUAUUUAAAUUCAUAAAUACCUCAUCCACCAGUUUUAUCCCAUCAUGUCAUACGAAAUCCCACGUACCUGUAAUCAGAAAAAUAAACAAAUUAUUUUACGGGUGUAUUACACCAGCAAUAGUUCUUGCAAAAUUUAAAAUAAAAUAUAAUGAUGACUAAAUUUUAUGUCAUUCCACAUGCACCCCCGAUUAUUCUUCAUUCAAUUCAAAUCAAACUGUACUAGUCGCAUAAAUAGACAAUGCACCAUGACACGAACAUGGCCAGGGGUAAAUGGAAUAAAU